AUGCAAACAGGUAAAAAAUCCAUCGAGGACAGGGCAUCUUCAUAUUUUUUAAUCUUCUCAUCCGAUGCCCUGGUUGCGGCUAAACCACUUUCCUUGCUGGUUAAGUGCACAUACGUUCCGCUAAUGUGCCAGGAACGGUAUAUUAAAAAUAACAAUUUGUUGGAUAAAAUAGCAUUAUUUUGCAGUUCUGAUAUAAAUAAAAUACCAAACACGGAAAACUGGCUGAAAAUAAAUUUCGACUUCGUUAACAAACAGAUAAAAGAAAUGUUGUUCGCUCAACAAGCUGAGAUAAAUAAAAUGUUUUCGUCUUAUACUACCGAGUUGGAUAAUGUUAAAAAUAAACUUAACUCUCUUGUUGCAAACAAUGUUGGCAAAAAAGUAAACGUUGACUCAGUAAUCUCUAACAAUGUAAAUAACCCGUUGCCACCAGUUAACCAAAAUGCGCCAGGAAUUUUGUGGGCGGACGUCGUGUCAUCACCCACUCUGGACGAAGCGUUCACGUUGGUGAAGCGGCACAACAAACGUCCACGUUUGAACGUCUCAUUGGAGGCCAACAGCAAUGGCGAAACCACUUCAAACAACAACAACGGCGAAACCACUUCAAACAACAACAACGAAAACACGGCAAACAUCAAGACAGCUAAAAAACCAACAAAAGUUAUUGGCAAAAAAGUUGUUGAAGAUUGUAAAUUGAGGGCAGACAAAAAUUUAAUUAAAAAAUCUGUGUUCUCAAUGAGCAACAUUAGUAAAUGCCAUCGAAGAGAUGUUGUUGAAUUUUUGACGUCAAAUGGAAUCAAUGUCAUCACAUGUUAUCCUGUUUUGAAAAAAACAGAAAUAUCGUCGGAUAAAAAUUUUGACAAAGAUGACCAGGAAUCAACAAUGUUCAGAGUCUGCAUCGACAGCUCAGAUGUCGGUAAGAUGAAGGAUCCUGACAUUAUGUUGAAAAACAUUAUUGUGCGCGAAUGGCGCUUCAAUCAGACGAAACCUGAUGCUAAUACUCUGAAUGGAAAGUAA